GCAUCGGACGGCGGUUCAUCUUCAUCAUCAUCAUCUUCUUUAUCAUCAUCAUCAUCGCCGCCGCCUCGCUGCGUCCUCGUCUUCAGCGGGAAGAGGAAGUCGGGCAAGGACUUCGUGACGGACUUGCUGCGCGAAAGUAUGGCCAGAUGACUGCUCGGCCACCCUCACGGCCAUGGCAGCGUCAGGAGACCAUCAUCCAGCGGGCUACGUUGCUCUGGCUGGGAGAAGACGUGUGUGCGAUCCUGCGACUGUCUGGACCGCUGAAGAGCCAGUUCGCCAAGGAGCACCAGCUGGAGCUGGACAAGCUGCUGGACGCGAGCGACUACAAGGAGCGCUACCGGGGGGACAUGAUCCGCUGGGGCGAGGCUCGUCGGUCCGCCGACCCCGGCUUCUUCUGUCGACUGGCGACGCAAAGCGACGGGGCGCGGUGCCCCGUGUGGUUAAUCAGCGACGCGCGACGCCGAUCGGACGUGGAUUGGUUCGCUCGCCACCACGGCGCGGUGACGCGCACCGUGCGGGUCUCGGCCUCCGACGGCACGAGGCGGAAGCGAGGAUGGGUGUUCACGGCAGGGAUCGACGACAUGGAGUCGGAGUGCGGCCUGGAUUCCGGAGUGCAGUGGGACUGGAACAUCCGGAACGACGCACCGGACGGCGACCUGGACACUCAGCUGCAGGAGAUUUUGAGUCACGUGGAGCUGCAACUCGGGAGCUGACAAAACGCGUGGCACGGUGGCCUCUCGUCGUCGCCCAAGGCCCCCCCCCCCUCCCUGGUUGAUUUGCAUGGCCACUGCUGCUGCACGCAACCGCCCUGCCCCGCCCUGCACCGCCCGCCUCCAGUCCCUUUCCAAUCAAAGGGUGCAGCGGUGAGAAACACUGCACUUGGAACGUGGCGACCCGAAUUUGAUUUCCGGACGCGGCUGACAUCGGCGGCGAGUGAUAUGUGAACCUCGGUCCUGGCGUACUUCACCCACCCUUCACCUGCCCUUCACCCGCCCUUCACCCGCCCUCCACCCGCCCUUCACCCACCCUUCACCAACCCUUCACCCGCCCUUCACCCGCCCUUCACCUGCCCUUCACCCGCCCUUCACCCGCCCUUCACCAACCCGUACUGCUGACCAGGGUGGCGAAGUACGGUCAAACAACGCCGCCCUGUAUCCCGCCAACCCAUCAACGCGCACCGCAUUGCGUGCGCUCUCAGAUGCGGUUCUGCGGCCGUCUGGAACGCUCUUCAAUCCGAUAUUAGGAAACCACUGGGAGCUUUGCACUUUGAAAUCAUCAAGAUUGUAACAGCCAUGUCUUUAGAACCGCUUGAUUCCGAUCAGCAUGAAGAAGUUCAACGUACGUACACACCUGGUGACGUGCCGGCUAGGCCUUCGGCAACAAAUAUAUUAAAGGACCAAAUAUUAUUUAUAGUUGUGUUACACUUGACACCUCUGUGACUCUUGAUCAAAGUGGUUUCUCCUUUCAAGUUAGCAUGUGACCUCACCCUCCAGAGAAAGUGGUGGAAAUCCCAAAUUCCUGUGGCGGGUGCUAGUACGUCCGCGACAUCGGUGUGCGUUCGUGGUUGUAUCGUGUGGUAACCGUCGAACAACACCUCCGCCGAUGGCCUCGCCAGACGGAGACAGCUGCCACUCUUGCCAUGGCAGCCUGCGCCAAAAGGGCAGCCGUAAAUCAAUUAAAGAGAAGAUAAUUUUAAAUA